AGUUGAACUACAGCAGGGGUGGAGCUGCCCUGGUGAUUUCAGUGGACAAGUUGUUUUCAAACAGGAAAUGCAGCCUGGACGAAAUUAAAAGAAGACGGAAGACUGCCGAUAUUUAUUCAGGCCUGGGACUGAGAGACCCAAUAAUGGACCCGAAUGAAGAGGAGUGUGAGGACCAUGAAGUGGGUUCCUGCAUCUGUGUCCUUGAUUGGACGGAGUGUUCAGCCCCUAACUCACAGAGAAACACUACGCACACAUCAGAUUGGCUAGCUUCAUCACGAUUUUGUUUCCUACAACUCUUCUGUCCCCCAUCGGAGCUCAAUGGACAGCUAAGGUUUUUAGAUCCUGUCAUCAAAGGUUUACCAAGCCAGGCCAACCAGGAAGGUACCACUUUCCAUAUGGCGGACAUUUUUUAUUGGAUUAAAAACUUUUUGAAUGAAGCAACCCAGCAGCAUGCCAUCGUCAUGGAUUCCUUCAACAGGCUCAUCAUUCUUUCUGAUAAUUAUAUAACUACAAAUAAAUUAUGCCACGUUUACGGCUCUCGGAAUUUGAGGACAUUUAUUAGACAUAGAGGAAGUUCUGGAAGAAAUAGCAAGAUGUCUGCUGUAAAACACGACAACGCCCAAAGAUCUUUUUGUCUCAAGACGAGCGGCGAGGACGAAGACAGGGACAGCUUAAGGACGUGGAACCCUGAGAUCCAUCAGAAAACCCGUCAAAAUGACAAUCAUUCACAAAGACCAUGGAGGAGGAGUAAAAGUGAGAAAAUGAAAAUAAAGAAAAGUGUUUCUUUUGAAGAGGACGUCAUCGUCUACCUGUUUGAUCAGGAAACACCCACUCUCAAGCUGCCUUCAGAACCCUCCACAUCUCCGCCCUUCCAUUUUCCCAGCAUCCAGUCUGAUGUUAUGUCAGAGGACAAUGGGUUGCAGUGGGAAGAUGACUUCUCAGCGUUGGAGUGUGCUCCACCCUCUGGCAUCGUGUCCCUGCCGACCAAGAGCUGGACUUCUCAGACCAGGCCAGAGCUUUGCUCUCUGGCCCAAACUUGCCUGUUCCUCACCUAUGUCACCAAGUCAGACCUUGAACUAUGACACAAAGUGACUUUUAUAAGUUGGGAGACUUGGUUGGAGACUGUGAGGUGAGAGGAAGCAGCACGAUGAAGUCCAAAGAGAAGGCAGUGAGACCCUCCAGGAGGCCCUGGUCCGACCCGGAGCCGGAGAACGAACCGGACACAGAGCCGGGCUCCAGCGAGCAGGAGGGCUCGGAGGCCUCGGUCCGGAUCGGCGGCUCCUGGAGGGGCUCCCUGAGGAGCCGGGACGGCAGGCGCCGACAGGGAGGAGGAGGAGCAGGUGGGGGAGGUGGGCGGCGGCGCAGGAUGUACGGGUCCAGCACCAAGGAGCGCAGCAUCCGGAGGCUGGAGAGCAACGAGCGAGAACGCCAGCGCAUGCACAAACUCAACAACGCCUUCCAGGCGCUGCGCGAAGCCAUCCCACACGUGAAGAUGGACAAGAAGCUGUCCAAGAUUGAGACUCUGACUCUGGCCAAGAACUACAUCAAAGCCUUGACCACCAUCAUCGUGGACCUGUCGGGGGCCUGCCUGCCCGCUGAGGCAGGGCCCCCAGGGGCCAGGGCUGCCAGGCUGCUGCAGUGCUACCAGCAGCACCUGGAGGAGGAGGGGGAGGACGGCCUCACCCAGUACCUCACCCACAUGCAGAGCUUCGGCCAGGAAAGUUAACAGCCUGAGACUGUAAAAGGGUUUGGGACCAGGAGCCCCCUGCUGGAUGCGGCGCCCUACAACAACUGACUGCUGGCCCACAGAGCCUCGCAAAAGUUUUCAUACCUCUUGAACCUUUUCACAUUUUUUCAAGUCUCAACUCCAAGCUGUCAGGAAAUAAAUUAAAUAUAAAUAUUUAUUCACAUCCCUUUGUUCUGGUUCCCCAAAACAAAUCCCAGGUUUGUUCUGAAAUGGUCUAAUUAGCAAAGUCAGCCCACCUGUAUGAUGUUUGUUAUGAUCCUGUUUCUUUGACGAGAAAACAGAACCAUGGUGACCUUGGAACACAGCAGGUUAAAAAACUAAAUGGCAAACUUUCCACAUCUCGCAAAGCUCUGUGUGGCAUCCCACCAGGAGGAAACGGAAAAAAUCUGAACACAAAUCUACCAAGAAAAAGUGUUUUUUGAAA